GUGGGCGUGUCAGUUGCACAGCUUGAUUCCCCCCUACUAGCCUUACCCCCUCCUAGUCGCUCGUAAAAAAAAAAUACGCUCCUCCAAAUACUAAAUGUAAUUUGUUUAUACUUAAAAAGAAAAAGAUUUUAGGGCCAUGAGCUACAAAUUCAGGAAAAAUGCUGAUCCAGGCGAAUGGUGUUCAGUUUUGUUGCCUUCAUCUAUGCUUUCUUUAAGUCUUUCACAUGGUGGAGGUUUAUAUUCAUUCCUAUUUGUUAUAUCUUCCUGGCUUAGUGCUGUAGAUUUUCUCACAAGACAUGUCCUUAAAAAUGAUUUUAGAAGUAAACAUUUUACCCAUGCAUUCUAUUUAAUUAGUUCUGUAGUAAUUUCAUUAUUUGUUUGGAAAUACUUUUCUUAUUACAGUUGUUUUUUCCAUGUUAUUACUUUGAAUUAUCUCAUUGUUUGCUGCUACAAUUAUAUAGUUAGAAUAUUAUUAGAAAAAUGUCCUGGAAGUUUUACUAUGGGUGAAGCUCAAGUAUUGACUCAAAGCAUUGUGCUGUUUUUCUUAAGCAAUGAAAUCUUUUUAUCAAGAAAGAUAAGUUCCUAUAAAAAUAUACAUAGUUUCAUAGAGAUUCCUGACCAUGCGAAAUGCUUACAGGUUUUACUUUUAGGCUGUUUCUCAUUGAUCUUCUUAACCUAUUCAAUUCCAUCUUUAAGAAGAGUCUCAAAAUUUUUUGCUCUGUUUAUUGCGACAUCUGUCAUCAUGAUGUAUGCUUGGAGAUUUUACCUUAAUGAGAAUAUUUUCAUUUGGCUCUUGAAAUUUUGCUUGCAGUCUCAAGAAAGGGUUUAUCUUUUACUUUUCUGGGUUGCUUGUACCUUCAUUUGUACAUUAUUUGUGGUUUUAAUUAAUUUGUCUUCAGUUCCUAAUGGCUCUGCAUUAAUAAGAAAAGUGUUUCAUUUUAUAAUUACUGCUGUGUAUGUACCAGGGAUUUUAUAUGAUCUAGAGUUGUUGAGACUUUCUUCUGGCAUUGCGUUUGCAGCUUUUCUUAUGUUAGAAUUGAGUCGAGUGCUUAAAAUACCGCCAAUUGGAUCUACUAUUGAAAAUGCAUUUCAGAUAUUUCUAGAUGAAAAAGAUACAGGAUUAUUAAUUUUAACACAUAUUUAUUUGCUUGUUGGAUGUUCAUUUCCUAUUUGGUUGUGCGGUUAUUCUAAUGAAACUAAAGGUUUCCACAUCUGUCUUAUGAGCGGUAUACUAUCAGUUGGAAUUGGAGACACAGUAGCUGCAAUGUGUGGCAAAUCAUUUGGUCAUCAUAAGUGGAAAGGUACAAGCAAAACUAUUGAAGGUAGUAUUGGUUGUUUCCUGGUACAGAUGAUCUUUGGAUUUAUUUUUUUCUGCUUUGCUGGCCAUAGUUACACUUGUCGAAACAUCAUUUUACUUACAAUAGCUGUUGCAUCAACAUCUUACCUUGAGGCUAAAACUAAUCAGGUGGAUAAUUUAGUUUUACCAUUAUUUAUGUUUCCCAUACUUUCUUUGAUUCAUUGAAUGUAAUAUUCUAAAUUGUAAAUACGUAGUAAUAAAUUUUUUUCCUACUUUCUGCUAAAAA